AAAUUCUUCCUUUCGUAAUCAACGUUCAUUCGUUAAUCCACUUCAAAAGUCGAAUUUGUCCAAUACUCAUCCAUCAGCAAAUCGCAAUCAACCAUCAAGUUCAAAUAAGACUGAGCAACAAAAUCGUUAUUUACAAAAGUCUUCUACAACAUCAUCAAAAUUUAAUUCAAAUUAUCCAUUUGGUCCAUGCAAAGUGUGUGGUUUAACAAAUCAUCGAUCGAUUGCAUGGUUUUAUCGUAAACAACUGGAUGGUUUAAUUGCGGCGGUCGUCAUGCCGUCCGUGAUUGGAAACACCCACCACAUUUUCAUUAGCUGGCCCGUCGAUCACUAA